AUGGAUCCCCUGGACAGAGCUCAAGUUCUCCUCCUUUGUGACCUGUGUCAAAGAGCAGCAUUACAGAAUCAUUGUGAACUUUGCAAAAUUAACUUGUGUAAGGCCUGUGUAGGGGAGCAUCUCUCUGAUUCAUCCAAACGACAUAAUGUUGUACCAUAUAAACACAGAACUUCUACACCUAACUACCCAGCCUGUCCAAACCAUUCCAAGAAACAUUGUGAACUGUUCUGCGAGAAAUGUGACAUUCCUGUCUGUUCUAUCUGUAUCUCCUCUGAUAAACAUCACGGACAUAAAUUUACGGAUGUUCUGGAAACAAUAGAUUCUAAGAAAAAAGACUUAAUAAAAGACUUGGAAGAACUAGAGAAAAGAAUCUACCCCACAUGUGAAGAAAUUACAAUAGAAUUAAACAAUGAGAAAGAAAAAGAAAUUAAUCAGAUUACUACUGAAGUAAAACAGAGCAUACUUAAUCUGAAGAAAAUACUGGACUCUAAUGAUGUCUCCCUGACCUCUGUAUAUAAAUCCAGGAAUGCUGAAUUCAGAAGUUUACCUCCUAGAGUCAAUGUUUCAUUACCAAGGUUCUCUCCUCAUCAAAUCAACACAGAACAGCUCCAUCAAAUGUUUGGUUUUCUGUCAGCAUUAUCUAUUACAACAGAAGAACAUGGCUACACAAUGAAGACACCAGAGGCUGUAUCCUGUCCUCCAGUCAAACCACUGCUUAAUGAACCAGAGCUUAUCACCACCAUAAACACUGGGUUUGGAGCACUACAUAGUGUUACCUGUCUCAGUGAUGAAGAAAUCUGGACAUGUGGAAAUGACAGCAUCAUGAAACUCUACAACCUCCAGGGCAAACUACUGAAAUCAAUUCAAACCAAGUCAGGAUAUAUACCAGAAGACAUAACAGCGACAAAGAGUGGAGAUCUAGUUUAUACUGACCCUACUGCAAGUACUGUAAACAUAGUGAAGGAUAGACAAAUACAGGAAGUGAUCGGACUACAGAGAUGGAGACCUUCUAAUAUCUGUAGUACCUCCAGUGUAUUGUGUAAACAAAUAUUCAUAACAGUUAAAACUGCAGAUAUCAAAGACUUCAAGUUCAUUCGGAUUGCUCUGUUCCCAAAACUUUAA